AUGCUUUCAAAUAAAACAUCUUCGGCUGUUCGUACGGCUAUCAAUGCACUUCAACGUUAUAAAGUUCUCAAUACUCUGACAAAUGAUUGUUUCGACAAAGCUCUUGAAACUGAACAACAACUUUCGAAUGAACAGAAAAAUAAUUCACCAUUGUAUGGUCGUCCAAUUUUAAUAAAAGAUAACUAUUGUUUGCAAGAUAUUUACACAACAUGUGCUUCGAAAAUGCUUGCUAAUUUUCGUGCACCCUACACGAGUACUAUUGUACAACGAUUGAUUGAUAGUGGUUGUAUUAUUGUUGGCAAAACAAAUAUGGAUGAAUUUUCCAUGGGUGUGGCAAGUUGGGGUGUCUUUGGACCUGUAGGCAAUCCUUGGAGUGUAAAAAAGGCAACAAACAUCGAUGAAGAAAAUUUGAAAAAAUUAUUACAUGUUGCGGGAGGAAGUUCAGGUGGAAGUGCAGCUGCCGUAGCAGCAAAUUUUGUAUCCAUAGCUCUUGGGUCAGAUACCGGUGGUUCAGUAAGAAAUCCAGCUGCAAGAUGUGGUUGUUAUGGAUUUAAACCAUCGUAUGGUUUACUAUCACGAUAUGGUAUGAUUGCGUUAGUCAAUUCUUUUGAUUCACCGGGUAUUUUUACUCGGAAUAUUGAUGAUCUCAUUUUGACGAUAAAUGCUAUCGCUGGUCCAGAUGGUGAAGAUGCAACUCUACUAUCAAAACCAUUUGAACGGUUUCAAUCAUCAACUGAAUUAUUAAAAGACAAGAAAAAAAUUACGAUUGGUUUGCCUGAUGAGUAUGAUAUCAAUAAAUUAUCAAGUGAAUAUCGUUCGUGUUUACAAGAUUUAGUUGUGCAGUUGACUGCAACUGGUGAAUUUACAUUUAAACGAGUACAACUACCAUAUGCAUCUUAUUCGAAUGCAGCGUAUACAAUUUUAAGUUCAUGUGAAAUUGCUUCAAAUAUGUCUCGCUACGAUGGCAUCAAAUAUGGUCAUCAUACAAACAAUAUUGAUGAAAGCAAAGAUACAUAUGAAGAUAUUCUUAGAAAAACACGUGACGAAAGUUUAAGUGAACGAGUUCGUGGACGAAUUUUAGCUGGAAAUUAUUAUUUACUAGAAGAGAAUUAUGAAAAAUAUUUUGUUCAAAGUCAACGAGUACGACGUGGCGUGACGAAUGAUUACACAAAAGUAUUUGAAGAAGAUAAAGUCGACUGUUUAUUAGCACCAGUUGUAUCCGAUGAUCCAAUAACACAUGCUGAAUAUGAACAAUCUGAUACUAUAUUUACUGAUGAUGAUAUAUUUACUGUUGGUGCUAAUCUAGCUGGCCUACCAGCACUUAGUUUUCCAGUACAAGUAUCAAGUAAAGGAUUUCCUAUUGGUCUUCAAUUGAUUGGUCCAUUUCUACAAGAUCAAGCACUUCUUUCGAUUGCUAAUCGUAUUUGUUCAACAUAUAAAUUUCCUUUUCUUGAUCUUACAAAAGAAAACUGA